AUGGUCGGACCAGAGACGCCAGGGGAGACUCAGACACCACCGCCCGCGGAGGGUGCCAAGGCUGGCCCGGCUCUCCAUGGGGGGAUGGAGAGGAAGAGCUCGGGGUGCUGUGAGGCCCCAGAGAAGCGGGGCCUGUCCUUCUCCAUCGAGGAGAUCUUAAAGAGGCCGGCUCAGAGGAGUGGUGCAGCCAGGCCAGAAGGGGCAGGCGGACAGGGCACCGGGCAAGCAGCAGCUGUAGACUCUGGGCCGGAGAGACCCCCGCACGACCAGCCCCCGGAGGAGAGGAAGGGCAAGCGGAGGAUCCGAACCACCUUCACCACAGAGCAGCUGCAUGAGCUGGAGAAGAUCUUCCACUUUACCCACUACCCUGAUGCCUAUGUCCGCAACCAGCUGGCAGCCAGGAUCAACCUCCCAGAAGCUCGGGUACAGAUCUGGUUCCAGAAUCAGCGAGCCAAAUGGCGGAAGCAGAAAACCAGCAGCCUUGGGGCUUCGCCGCAGCCGAGCGAGGCCGACUUGGCCCCGCCCACAAACCCAGACGUGGUCGGCCCCAUGCUGCUGCCCCCUGCACGGCCCAGGCUGGCUCCUCCCACAGGUUGCUAUUUACCGGCUCAAGGUCAGCUGGCCUCUGCCUGGCUCCCCACCCAGAUCGCCCUCCUGCCAUGCCACCCGUGGGAGACACAGCCUCUCCCAGGCCCUCUCAUCAUCCAGCAGACCUGCAUCCCUGCACUUUGCUUUUUUGCACCUCCGCACCCCAAAUGGGGCAACAUCUGUGCCACUUCCACACAGGGACCAGACAUCCUCUCCUUAGUGGAGCUGCUCUCUUCUCCAGGCGACAGACACUGA